AUGAGGCACAUCAACAUGGAAAUCUUCAAGUCCAUCUACAGGUGCUUCGUCCACAGAAAAGAGAUCGACUGCAUAUUUAGGGAAUAUUCCACCACUGACAGAUUCCUCCACCCUAAAGACCUUCUACAUUUCCUCCAAAUUGAGCUCCAUGAGAACCACGCGGACAUGCAGAGAGUCUUCAAGCUGGUAGAGAAAUACGAGAGGGACCAGAAAGCUCGGAGAAAGAUGUAUAUGACUUUUGAUGGAUUUGUCAGAUUCAUGCGCUCGGAUGAAACUCACAUCUUCAGGCCGAGUUGUACUGAGAUCUACCAGGACAUGAACCAACCUCUGACCAACUACUUCAUCUCCACCUCACACAAUACCUACCUGGUCGGGAACCAGCUGGUAGGAGAAAGCCAUCUCUCGGCUUACAGCAAUGCACUAAUGCGCGGCUGCCGCUGUGUGGAGAUUGAUUGCUGGGAUGGUGUAGAUGAUGAACCGGUAGUCUAUCACGGAUUCACUUUUACCAGCAAGAUUCCCUUUAAAUAUGUCAUCCACGUCAUUGGUCAGUACGCCUUUCAGACGUCGCAGUAUCCGCUGGUGUUGUCCCUGGAGGACCAUUGUUCCGUUCGUCAGCAGGAAGUCCUGACCCAUCACCUACUCAACAUCCUCGGAGACAAACUGCUGAGCGCCUCCCUUCCUUAUCAUUCAUCUGAAGUCCUGCCGUCCCCCGAGGAUCUGAAAGGUAAAAUAUUAAUAAAACACAAAAAGAUUGACCAAGUGCACUUGCCCAGCCGUGUUCUGCACAGAGAGGCGUCUGGAGGGUGGGACGACGAAGAGUCCACUAAUGAGGAGUCCGACGGUAAAGAAUCAACCAUAAGUAUUCUCACAGUCAGGAUGGAUCAGAUGAAGAAACACCUGAGAGCCAAACAGCAGGGGAAGUACCCACAAAUUGCGCCAGAGCUGUUGGAUCUUGUCAUCUACACCAAAUCGAAGAAAUUUGUCAGUUUCCAGCAUUCCCAAUACGCACAGAAGUUCUGUGAAAAUAAUUCGAUAAUGGAGAGAGAGGCGCAGCAGCUAGCCCGACACUCAGCUCUGGAAUUUAUCCAUCACACCAUGAAUUUCCUAACCAGAAUCUACCCCAAGGGAUCCCGGACUUCCUCCUCCAACCUCCAGCCUCAGGAAUUCUGGAAUGUCGGCGCUCAGAUGGUGGCAUUGAACUUUCAGACUCCAGGAGUCCAAAUGGAUCUGCAAGAUGGGAGGUUCCAGGAUAAUGGCGGAUGUGGAUAUGUUCUAAAGCCAGAAUUCCUGUGUAAUUCAGAUUGGACUUUUGAUCCAAACCAUCCUCCCCAUCACAAACGGCCAUUCUUCCUCCAGAUUAAGGUAAUCAGCGGCUUUCUUCUUCCACCAAGCAAAUUUUCUAAAAGCAACACAGCCAACCCAAUUGUGACUGUGGACAUCUAUGGAGUUCCAGACGACCGAUGCAGCAAGAAGACCCAGGUCCAGAGAAAUAACGCUUUUAACCCUCAGUGGAACAAGACUUUAGAGUUCUCCAUCAAGGUCCCUGAGGUGGCGAUGGUUCGGUUCUGCUUGGACGACCACAUCCCAGUGAUUGGGAAGGAUUUUAUGGGCCAGUACACUCUACCUCUGCGCUGCAUUAAUAAAGGAUAUCGUCACAUCCCACUGCUGAACAGACACGGUCAGAAGAUCCUGCCUGCCUCGCUGUUUGUCCACGUCUACUAUACAGAUCCCUCUGUAUCCGAAAAUGCGGAGGGGGCAGUGGAUGUGAAGAUGAGGGUGGCGGAGGUGUUCUUCUGUAAUCCAGCAGAGGAGAACCGGACAGGGCUGACAACACUGCUUUGGAUUUGA